AGGCUGGUGGUAGUGGGCUGGGCUGGGCUGCAGCAGCCAGAGCUCCUCCCUGCAUCUUUGUAAGAAUGGUGCAGAGACACCAUCUAAGCACCAUUAUUAGGCUCAUAUUUAUUAUACUGUACAUACGGCUUUUAGAAGGCAGACCUGUACAGUAUAGGGAAGUUUGUUAAAUGUUUUAAAUAGGUUUGAUGUCCUAUUGUGUUUUCAUUCGUUGGAAACAUAUAUAUAGGCUUGAUAAACUUUAUGCAAUUUACACACAUUUCUUAGCAAUCCGGCUUCCCAUUCUUACAUUCUUGGCAUUUUCCCCACCCCCUGCAAUUACCGUACCUGCUGCCCAACUGCACAGUACUUCUUCUGCUGCACGUUUCUUUAUUUAUUUCGUUCUUACUUAUCUUCCCAUUGCUUAUACUUCAAGGUUUAGUCAUGCUGGCCACUUGAACUGGAAAGCUGUCUGUGGACAAAUGCCGGCUCCCUCGAAAGCGAGAUGAGCGCCACAACCCCAGAGUCGCCUUUGACUGGACAUAACCACCCAGGGGUCCUUUACCUUUACCUUACUUCAAGGCUAUCUCUGUGUGUUUGUUUACCAGUGAGGCUUUAGGCUAACCAGGUCAAUUUCUCACUAGGUUUUGGGGCUUUGCUUGGCUGAUCGCCUCUGUGCAGUUUAGAAAAGUAAUGACGGCCAUAUUCCAUGCCUAAAGAAAGAAAAGGUCAAGAACUGACCUGGCCUCCACACAUAGGCUUCUUCUUCCUGACUCCCUUGGAGCAGUGAGAGAAUGGCACUCAUCAAAUGCUUGCAGUAGAAAAAAACACUGCUUUGUAGGCAAGUUUUGGAGAAGUCACACUGUCCCCAGAAGUUGAGGAGUUCCACACUCUUCAUAAGUAGCGGUGUUAGAAAGCCUUACAACAUCACCUGCUGGGGUUUGGUGGUGUGUCAUGUUGCUGACUGAGCGGCCACAGGUAAUCUGUAUAAAAGGAAGGUGCCAUAGAGUCAUUCUGGUUAUCAGAAUCCAGGCAGGAAGCACGGGGAUCUUGCACUUCACGAUUGCAGGUGGACUACUGUGUCAUUUGUGUGUUGCAAUAUUCAGUUGUGGGUUGGCAUGGCUGAGCUUGCUGUUGUUGUAUUUAUUCUGUGAACUCCUCUGCACUCGAGAGCACAUUAGUCAGCCCUGGAUACUCAUCAUUGUCAUUUAUUAGAUUUGUGUGUCGCCUACUCAACAGCCUCUGUGCGUCUUGAAAAUAUGCAAAACCACGAAUCCAAAAGUUUUAAGGCAUAAUUUACAUGUAACAAAACGACAAUCUACAACGAAGCCCCGCAUUAUAGAAAAAUCUUAAGUAAACAACUCUCCAUAUAACAGUAGAAUUAAGAUCAGUAGGAUUGAGAGAAAGUGGCCAACAAGAUGCUGCUAGCAAGCCCAGAGGCAAGAUGGCAACCGGUGUCCUCAGCCAAUGAAACUGAGGCACGUGCCUCUUAAAGUCACUGCUUAUAUCAGAGGCCAUCUGGAAAGCGCGAUGAGUGUCAAGGCCUUCAAGCUCGUCCCUGCGGUUGAGCGGGAUCUGCUGAUGGGCGACAAAGCUCGGAUCAACAUCGAAUGCAUCGAGUGCUGCGGGAAGAACCUGUACAUCGGAACCAAUGACUGUUCCAUCUACUACUUCCUGCUGGAAGAAAAGAACUCGCCCGCUGAGAAAACGUCCUUUUCCGUCUCCAAACAGCUGCACAAAUACCUGAGUUUUCGGAAGCCCGUGGGGGAGCUGAAAGCCGCAUCGGCACUCAAUAGGCUCCUGGUGCUUUGCGACAACACCAUAACACUGAUGAACAUGAUGAACUUGGAGCCCAUCCCCACGGGGGCUAGGAUCAAGGGAGCUACGAUGUUCACGUUGAACGAGAACCCCAUGAGCGGGGAUCCUUUCUGCGUUGAGGUUUGUAUCGUUUCGGUCAAGCGCAGGACCAUCCAGCUCUUCUUGGUCUAUGAGGACCGCGUUCAGAUUGUGAAGGAGCUUCUCACCCCCGAGCAGCCUUGCGCCGUGGCUAUAGACGGCCACUAUUUAUGCCUCGCUCUCACCACCCAGUACAUUAUUCUGAACUACGACACUGGCGUUUCCCAGGACCUCUUUCCUUACUCUAGCGAAGAGAGACGGCCCAUUGUGAAAAGAGUAGGCAGGCAAGAAUUCCUGUUGGCGGGACCUGGAGGAUUAGGAAUGUUUGCAACUGUUGACGGCAUUUCCCAGCGUGCUCCUGUUCACUGGUCAGAAAACGUGGUUGGUGCCGCUCUCUGCUUUCCUUACGUAGUUGCACUGGACGAGGAGUUCAUUACAGUGCAUAGUAUGCUGGACCAGCAGCAAAAACAGACACUACCCUUUAAGGAUGGUCAUAUCCUGCAAGACUUUGAAGGCAGAGUAAUUGUGGCUACUACCAAAGGGGUCUAUAUCUUGGUCCCACUACCUCUGGAAAGACAGAUUCAGGAUCUUUUGGCCAGCCACAGAGUCGAAGAGGCAUUAGUCUUAGCAAAGGGAGCCCGCAGAAAUAUUCCGAAAGAGAAAUUUCAGGUGAUGUACAAACGACUCUUGCAGCAAGCGGGUUUUAUACAGUUUGCACAGCUUCAGUUCCUAGAAGCAAAAGAACUCUUCAGAGGCGGCCAGCUGGACGUCCGGGAGCUGAUCUCUCUCUACCCCUUCCUGCUGCCUUCUUCCUCUUCCUUCAUGCGGACUCACCCUCCCCUCCACGAAUAUGCGGACCUGAACCAGCUGACGCAGGGGGACCAGGAGAAGAUGGCCAAGUGCAAGCAGUUCCUGAUGAGCUACCUGAACGAAGUGCGCAGCACCGACGUGGCGAACGGCUACAAGGAGGACGUCGACACGGCGCUGCUCAAGCUCUACGCAGAGUCCGGUCACGAAAGCCUUCUAGAUCUGCUGGUCUCCGAGAAUUUCUGCCUUCUCGCGGAUAGCGCCGCGUGGUUGGAAAAGCACAAAAAGUUCUUCGCACUUGGACUCCUGUAUCACGCAAACGGUCAAGAUGCAGCGGCACUACAGUUAUGGGUGAAAAUUGUCAACGGUGACAUCCAGGACUCAACACGCACAGAUCUUUAUGAGUAUAUAGUCGACUUCCUUACGUCCUGCGCAGACCAUGAAUUGGUGUGGAAGUAUGCAGAAUGGGCCCUGCAGCGAAGCGAAGAGGUUGGUGUGUACAUCUUCACUAGAAGACCCUUGGAAGAAGAACAGAAGAAUAGCUUUAAUCCAGACGACGUCAUCAGCUGCCUUAACAAAUAUCCCGCAUCACUAGUAAAAUAUCUGGAGUUCUUGGUUCUGGAAAGGAGAGUGAAAAAGGAAAAAUUCCACACCCAUCUGGCAGUCCUUUACCUGGACGAAGUCCUGCGUCUCAAAUCACUGGCUGCAGAGAAGAGUGAAGAAUUGAGCAAAUCGCAGGCAAAGCUUCGCAGUCUUCUGCAGAAAUCUGACCUUUAUAGAAUUCGUUUUAUUUUAGAUAAAAUCAGCGGCACAGAUCUCCACAUGGAGUGUGCAAUACUCUUUGGGAAACUGGAACAGCACGACAAAGCUUUGCAUAUCCUGGUCCACGAACUGAAGGACUUUGCUGCCGCGGAGGAGUACUGCCUGUGGAGUUCGGAGAGCAAGGACCUUCCUUACAGGAAAAAGCUUUUCCACAUGCUCCUUUCGGAGUAUCUCAAUUCCAGCACAUCAGAGCACGAACUGGCCAUGGCGGCUGUAGACCUCCUAAACAACCACGCGGCCGAAUUUGACGCGUCCUGCGUUUUGCAGCUCAUCCCGGACACCUGGUCGGUGCAGCUCCUCUCCUCGUUUCUCUGCGGCUCCAUGCGGGAAAGCAUCCAUGCACAAAGAAUGACGCAGAUCGCACUGGGCUUAGCAAAAACGGAGAACCUCACUUACACGCAUGAGAAGGUGAAGCUAAAAGGGAUCCCAACGGUUCUCUCGGACAGAAAGGUCUGCCAGAUGUGUCAAAGCCCUUUCGGCGAGCCUGCGUUCGUCAGGUACCCAAACGGCGGCGUGGUCCACACACACUGCGCCGCGAACCGACACGUGAAUUCCAGCACAAACCACCAUCUCUCCAGCCCCAGCGGACGGACAUGAAAUAUGCCCCAAGGUAGUGCCAGGUGCUGCGUUGGUUAACUCCUUGGAGUAACCGAAGGAGACUCUGCUGGGCGAAAGAACAAAAGGAGGAGAGAGGAGGUUGACGGGGGAGACUUUUGGUCAAUGUGAAACACGGCCUCUUAAACUGCUAAUCUCUUAUGAAUGUAGGCAGCACAAGAAAUUGCAGGUGUUUAUAUAACGAACAAACACUUUCCUCACGGUAAGGGUGCUGGGGAGGGGGUGAGGAACGGAAAAGCUUUUAAAAAUACAUAUACAUAUAUUAAAACUUGCACUGAAUUUGGUGAUCAAGUGGUCUUGGAAGGAGAGGGGCUGAUGAGCAAAAAACAUCUCUUCCCCAGAAAACCGAUUCUGUCUCUUGAAUAAGUGGCAAGAAGGAGCACUUUCUCUUGAGAGUGGAGCAUAGCCUGCGUUAUGUUCUCUGCCGGGUCUAAAUUUUGCCUGCCGGGACAGCAUCAUGAACUUGUUCUGUGCUCUUGAUACUGGUUUUUUUUUUUUGGUAGAAAAAAACAAACAAAAACGAUUUGUUGCACUUUGGAGCCUUUGUCCUUUUCUUCUCUGCCAUGCAAGUCCAUUUGUUACAAAACCUAUUGGAAGUGCUAGGACCUCUUGGGAGCUCCUGCUCAAAUGGGGGGGGGGGCUAGAUGGCAGGAUCACCAUGCUGUGAAAAAAACCACUGUUUCUGACACUACUAAUUGCAGCGAAACCGCCGGGGUCUCUCACCUGGAUCCAUAAACCAUCGACCGGAGGUGAGGGUGGGUGGGUGGGAAGGAAGAGUCCUUAAUAAAUGUAACAACUUAUUUAUUAUCAUACAGAUGUUCUGUAAAUACAGUUGAAUGAAAUGGUUUUUAUAUCGGCGUCCCUUAGAACAAACACAUGUAACCGGUAAUUCCAGGUAUAGCUUUUGAAGAGUCUGCACCUGAGGCCGCGUGAAGAAAUGACCUGCGGUUCUGAGCUCCUUUGCAAGAAUGGCUUCAUUCAAAGGGAUUAAGGGGUGCAGUAAACACAGCAUCCGUGGCUGCAUCGCGAUGGUGCAGAGUAAGCUUGAUAACACUUAAUAAAUGCUCUGUGGAUACGGAA